UCGGGUACAACCCGUUUUGCCCGAAUCUGGCACCACUAUAAAAUCACCACUAUUUCUCUAGGGUUUCAAAGCUGUUGCUUAUCUGCACCCUGCUGCUCCUGCGAGAAAAACCGUACGAGGGGUCACCUUGCGCUUGCUAUUCACUUCGCAGCCAUGAUUAUUCCGGAGAAGAACCGUAGAGAAAUAUGCAAAUACCUCUUUCAAGAGGGAGUUUGCUACGCAAAGAAGGAUUACAAUCUUGCAAAGCACCCCGAGAUCGAUGUGCCCAAUUUGCAGGUGAUUAAGCUGAUGCAGAGCUUCAAGUCCAAGGAAUAUGUCCGCGAGACAUUUGCUUGGAUGCACUACUACUGGUACCUUACUAAUGAUGGGAUUGAGUUCCUCAGAACUUACCUCAAUCUUCCAUCAGAAAUUGUGCCUGCUACUUUGAAGAAAUCUACAAGGCCCCCUGGUAGGCUAGGUGGCCCACCUGGCGAUCGCCCUCGGGGUCCACCUCGCUUUGAGGGAGACCGCCCUAGGUUUGGUGACAGAGAUGGAUACCGUGGAGGUCCUCGUGGGGGUGACUUUGGUGGUGGUGGUGACAAGGGAGGUGCCCCAGCAGAUUUCCAGCCAUCCUUCAGGGGUUCUGGUGGAAGGCCUGCCUUUGGUCGUGGAGGUGGAGGCUAUAGUGCAGCUCCAUCUGGUUCAGGUUUUGCUUGAAGGCUAUGUCUGUCUUUUGGGUUCAUCUUUUAAGAACAUAGCAUCCAAAAUCUUAGAACUGAUUUAAUGCCUUUGUUCCCCUAUUUUGUACCAUCCAUACGAUAUUGAGCUCGUUUUGGGAUCUAUAAUUUUGUAUUUUUAUCUAGUCUGGCGGUUUUUGGAAAUAAAGUUAUGUCUCCGAUCACUUUUUA